AUGCAAGAUGCCGGAAUUGCGACGAAGAAGGUUUUCGUUUCUGGUGAUAUGUCCAAUGAUAGGAAGUGUGAUGCUCCAAUUGGGAGGUUUCAGCACACCGGCCGGUCAUUACCUCCUCAGACACCGCCCAUUCCUGGGACAGACCGACUCAUCACCAGCUCAGAUCGUAUCGAAACAGUGCGCCCGAUGUCUAACUCAAGGUUCUCCGAAGCUACGGGAAAAUGCUCCAACGAAAUUGGUGAUCAUGGUGAUGCUCAGAACCAUGGAUUGGUCAGCAAUCAAAUACUCGACCUGCACCAAUCGAAUCAGUCAGAAAACUCCAUUAGGAUCCACCUUCACCCUCCAAGGAGAGGGCGUGUUGCCCUGCAAUUUAGGAGCCGCGUCACCCUCCAAGGAGAUGCUGUUUCAGCACACCAGCCGGUCAUUAUCUCAUCAGCCACCGCCCAUUUCCGGGACCGACCGACCCAUCACCAGCUCAGGUAG